AUGGCGAGUUCCAAAGACACAAUCUCCUUUGCUAUUAUUGGCACCGGUCUGAUCGGCCCGAGACAUGCCAGGAAUGUCCUACAGAGCUCCUUAGCAGAGCUUGUUGCAGUGGUCGAUCCCACGCCAGCUGGAGGCCUACUGGGAGCUGAGCUGAACGUGGCACACUACGAUUCCGUUGAUGACCUCUUGCAAUCGAAACAUUUACCACAAGCUGCAAUUAUUUGCACUCCAAACCAUACGCAUGUCGCUGUGUCUAAGCAGCUUUCUUCCAGUGGUGUCCAUGUGCUGAUCGAGAAGCCCAUCUGCUCCAACAUCACUAGCGGCACUGAUUUACUGAGUCAUCUCCAAGCCACCAGAGUCAAGAUACUCAUCGGGCAUCAUCGACGAUUCAACCCCUACAUCAUCAGUACAAAGAAAGUGCUCGAAUCGGGCUCUCUUGGCAAGAUCAUAGCUAUCAGCGGGCUUUGGACAACUUUCAAGCCCGGUGAUUACUUUGAGGCCCCCACCGAGUGGAGACAGGGAAAAGAUGGAGGAGCCGUCCUUAUCAACGCAACCCACGAAAUCGACCUGUUACAUCAUCUUCUAGGACCAAUCACAAGAAUCCAUGCGGAGAAGACUACCUCGCAGCGAGGUCAUGAAGCUGAAGAAGGUGCCGCUCUUACAAUUCGGUUCAAAUCAGGCGUUGUCGGCACGUUUCUCGUCUCGGACAACGUCCCAUCGCCCUACAACUUUGAGGCAGGGACGGGGGAGAACCCGCUGAUUCCCAAGACGGGGCAGAACUUUUACCACAUAUUUGGCUCUGAAGGAACACUCAGCGUACCUGACUUGUCGAUCUGGUCGUACAGGGGCACAAGCAAGACGUGGCACUCAGAGAUGGCAAGAAAGAACUUGACGGUAGAAGACGGGAUCCCGUUUGAGCUGCAGCUUGCACAUUUCUGCCGUGUUAUCCGGGGCAAAGAAUCGCCUAGCUGUUCAGCGCAGGCAGGCCUUGCUGCAUUAAUUGUUUGCCAAGCGAUCAAAGAGGCAUUGGAAGCAAACAGCACGGUGGAUAUUCCGGCCUACGAUUUGUAA